GGGGCUGGCGGGCGGGUGAUGUCCGGCCCCCCCCCCGCCCGGCGCCCGGCGGGCAGCCGCCUGCCGCCGCGCCAUGUCCGCCGGCUGGUUCCGGCGCCGCUUCCUGCCGGGGGGUCUGCUCCCCGCGCCGGGGACGCCCAGGCCGCGCGCUAGCCCGGUGCCCUACCGGCGGCCCCGCUUCCUGCGCGGCUCCGGCUCCGGCCCGGGCACUGCCGACGCCUCCCGCCGCCCAGACUCCCGGCCCGUGCGCAGCCCAGCGCGGGGCCGCUCGCUGCCGUGGAACGCAGGCUACGCCGAGAUCAUCAAUGCAGAGAAAUCUGAGUUCAACGAGGAUCAGGCCGCCUGUGGGAAGCUGUGCAUCCGACGAUGUGAGUUUGGGGCUGAAGAGGACCAAGAGUGGGUGACCUUGUGCCCAGAGGAGUUCCUGAUGGGUCAUUACUGGGCACUGUUUGAUGGGCACGGCGGUCCAGCUGCAGCCAUCUUGGCUGCCAACACCCUGCACUCCUGCCUGCGCCGGCAGCUGGAGGCCGUGGUAGAGGGCAUGGUGGCCACUCAGCCCCCCAUGCACCUCAGCGGCCGCUGCAUCUGCCCCAGUGACCCCCAAUUUGUGGAGGAAAAGGGCAUUAGGGCAGAAGACUUGGUGAUCGGGGCUCUGGAGAGUGCCUUCCAGGAAUGUGAUGAGGUGAUCGGGCGGGAGCUGGAGGCCUCAGGCCAGGUGGGCGGCUGCACAGCCCUGGUGGCUGUGUCCCUGCAGGGAAAGCUGUACGUGGCCAAUGCCGGGGAUAGCAGGGCCAUCUUGGUGCGGAGAGAUGAGGUACGGCCCCUUAGCUCUGAGUUCACUCCAGAGACUGAGCGGCAGCGGAUCCAGCAGCUGGCCUUUGUCUACCCUGAGCUUCUGGCUGGUGAGUUCACCCGACUGGAGUUCCCUCGGCGGCUGAAGGGGGAUGACUUGGGGCAGAAGGUUUUGUUCAGGGAUCACCACAUGACCGGCUGGAGCUACAAGUGCGUGGAGAAGUCAGAUCUCAAGUACCCGCUGAUCCAUGGACAGGGUAGGCAGGUCAGUGAAUGGCCACACCAAGAAUCCCUCUUAAAUUGUCUUCUGCAGAGGCUCGGUUACUGGGAACACUGGCCGUCUCGCGGGGCCUGGGAGACCAUCAGCUCAGAGUCCUGGACACAGACAUUCAGCUCAAGCCCUUCUUGCUCUCUGUCCCACAGACUUGACUUGCAGGUGACUGUGCUGGAUGUGGACCAGCUGGAGCUGCAGGAGGAGGAUGUGGUUGUCAUGGCAACUGAUGGGCUCUGGGAUGUCCUGUCCAAUGAGCAGGUGGCACGGCUGGUACGGAGCUUCCUCCCUGGCAACCGAGAGGACCCACACAGGUUCUCAGAGCUGGCCCAAAUGCUGAUACACAGCACACAGGGGAAGGACGACAGUCUCACAGGGGAAAGGCAGGUGUCCUACGAUGACGUCUCUGUGUUCGUGAUUCCCUUGCACAGCCAAGGCCAAGGGAGCAGUGGCCACUGAGGAUUCAGACACCACAUCCCAGAACCACUCUGGGGCAGUCUGGGCAUCCUUCCACCAUGGUCAACAGCAGGCUUGCCUGCCCUGCCCCCAGACACAGCCCAGGGCUCUCACCCCCGACCCCAACCCAUUUCAAGGGGAGCAUUUAUACCAGGCAGUCAGAGAUCCCAGCUCUCCAGGUCUCUGCAUUGGCAGGCAGGGAAAGAGCACUAAUGUCAAUGAUAACGUCCUUCUGGCAGAGGCCCUUUACAACUUGGGAAACCCAAGCGAGGCUCCUCAGACAGGAUCCUUAACAGCCCAAUAUAGUAUUGGCAGAUGGGGAGAGCUGGACCAAGGGCAUUGGCCAAGGAUGCCAGGAAGGGCAGACAGCCUGUGUUUGGGUCCAGGUCUCCAGUCCAUGAAUGUCAGGGUAUCACUCAACAACCCCCAAAGCAUAUGCAAGGUGCCUUAUGGGAAGCUGUGGGCAGCC